AUGGAAAUACAGAAACACAAAGGGUCGGGGGGGAUUCCUCUGGCCAGGAAGGUGUGUUAUGCUGUGGGUGGGGUCCCAAAUCAGAUGACCGCAGUGGCUAUCAGUGUUUCCCUGCAGAUAUUUCUUCUGGAUGUUGUGCAGAUGCAGGCCUCCUAUGUCUCCAUGAUUCUGUUUGUGAGUCGGGCCUGGGAUGCUGUGACCGACCCUCUGGUUGGAUAUCUGGUGAGCUGCAGUCAUUGGACACCCAUCGGCAAACUCACUCCAUGGCUGGUUCUCUCCACUCCAUUUGGUAUCCUCUUCUAUCUGCUGCUGUGGUUUGUGCCACAAGGAUCGAUGUCUCAGGCUCUCAGCGUGCUGUGGUUCCUCACAGUGGCCUGCCUGUUUGAGACCCUCAUGAGUUGCUACAACGUUCCUUACCUCUCACUCAACAUGUUCCUGGGGGGAGAUCACAGAGACAGAGACUCUGCCACGGCCUACAGGAUGAGUAUAGAGAUGGUGGCCAUGCUGUUAGCUUCUGUAAUGCAGGGUCAAGUUGUAGCUGUUUACAACACAGAGAAGCAGGAGGCCUGUCAACAUCUGGACCAGGCUCAUGAAACAACACCUGAAAGCACAUCAUCACCACAGACUGCACCACUUCAGGAAACGCAAAAGGCUUUCCUGACCUCAGCUCUGGUCAUGGGUGCCUUGUUUUUCCUCUGCAGCCUGGUUCUGUUCCUCGGGGUGAAGGAGCAGCGGGCCCCUCUCUGCUCUGAUGACAAAGUGCGAACAUCCUAUCUGACCUCGCUGAAGAUGCUGAUAUGUCACGUUCCCUACCAGCGGCUGGUGCUUGGCUUUGUCUUCAGUGUACUUGCAUUUCAGAUGUCCUUGGCUAAUUUCACACUUUUCUGCAGCCUUGCAGCUGGACUGGGAGCCCAGUUCCAGCACCUCCUACUGGUUCUACUGGCCUCUGCCUCAGUAGCAGUUCCUCUGUGGCAGACAGUUCUCCUGAGAAUAGGGAAAAAGGCCACAGUUUUCAUCGGAUUAUCACUCUUCAUCCCGGCAGUGAUUAUAGUCGCCUGUGUUCCCAGUAACCUGCCAGUGUUCAUGAUAAUGUGUGUUCUGAUAGGAUUCAGCGUGGCGACCAUAUUCUUGCUACCCUGGUCCAUGCUCCCAGAUGUGGUGGACGACUUUGCAGUGAGACAUCCAUCCUGCAAAGACCUGGAGCCCCUGUUUUUCUCUUGUUAUGCCUUCUGCAGUAAGCUGGCAGGAGGCCUGUCUGUUGGCAUCUCAACCAUGACAUUACAGUUUGUGGGCUACAGAGCCGGUGCAUGUAACCAUGGUGACGGAGUGGUGACGGCUCUGAUUGUGCUGUUCUCACCAGUUCCCAUCACACUUCUGCUGAUAGGGAUGGUGUUUUUUCGCUUCUACUCUAUCAAUGACAGGCAAUGUUUGCAGCUGACCACAGUUCACCCUGAAGCUACAUCAUCCUCAUCAGACCAAAGAGAAAACGCAGAGCAGCCAUCAGUUCUGCAGCAGCCCUGUGAUGGUGCGACAUCAACUUCACUCUAUAACACAAAGACUGACACAUUGUACAGGUCACAUUCCUCACCAGGUUCUUACAGUUGUGAUAAAAAAAGCUCAGUCAAGUCAUCUGCCCUUUCAAAUAUAUCAAAGAGCCACUCUGGAGAAUACAGCAGGCCGAAAUCAGUUAUACAGUCAAAUGUAAAUCCUCAGCGUCAUAAACAGAGACUCAGCCCACACGAGCAAUCAGGACCAAAGAAAUUGAGCAGAAAUGUUCCUGAGAGUGAUCCUGGGUCUUUCUCCAGCAGGUCAAAUGUUAGAUCCAAAGUGUCAUGGGUAUAGUCAGAUACCUUAAAGGUCCACUGUGUAAGAUCUAGGGGGAUUUAGUGGCAUCUAGUGGUGAGGAUUGCAGAUUGCAACCAGCUUAAACUUCUCCUUAUUAGAAUUCCUUCAGUGUUCGUUGUUCAGGAGAUUUUUACCGGGAGCCGAAUUAUGCACAGAGGUUUCUUCCUCUCCAAAACAAACACAUUGGGUGAUUUAAACCAGUGCAAACACUGAAUAAAGCAGUAUCGUGGUACAAAUCAGUGUUUCUCCUACACUGUUCGGCAUGUUGCAGAUGGGCUGCUAGCCUAGCUCCUGCAAAUUUGUGCUCACAUUUUAUUGGAUCCAAAUGUUCAAGAGGUUUUUGCCAUGAGUUGAAUUAUCAGCAGAGUUUUCCUCCUUUUCAAAACAAACUGACCCUGUGGUUUAAACUAGGGAAAAUUCUGAAUAAAGCAUCUUAGGUUUGAAACCAGUGUUUAACUUGGUCAAGCACCACAGGGUCCAGAUUUCUCCUUAGUCAUUAGUUAAAGGUCCACACAGUUUUAUAUAUUCAGUCUCAUGUCUUGUCUGACUUAAUAUGAAUACAACCAGCAGCUGGCUAGCUUAGCUUCGCAUAAAGAAUGGAAACAGGGAAACAGCUCGCCUGGCUCUGUCCAAAGGAGACGGAAUCCACCUACCAACAUGUCUAAAGUUAGCUAAUAACAUGUUAUAUCUUGUUUGUUUAAUCUGUACAAAAGCCAACGUAUAGAAUCAAUAAGUUAUCGGUGCUUAUUGUCACAAGCACAGAAAUCCCUGCACACUGUGACACAAUCCCAACACAGUCCUCUGAGCAUUUAAGAACUGCCUUGCUUGUGCUAAAAUUAUCCUCUAGGGGGGAAAAGGUCUCAUGACUGAGAUUUUGAUGGCAAAAUGAUGAGUCACCUUCCAAAACCAGUUUUAUCAAGGCACUUUUCAUCUCACUUUUCUGACAUUUGAAAUGAAUUCCGGUGGAUUUAAAGGAAAUGUUACUUCAUGCCACAAAUCAAAAAAAUAUUUUGUCCUAAUCCAUAAUUAUACCUGCAUGUAGUGUGAGGUUCAUGUUAACUUACUUUAUCUGAAUAAUUGCUGUUACAGUUUGGGCCAGAUCACAGAGAUCCUGCCCUCUUUCAACUGACUCUAAAAAUGAACAGCUGUGUCCUUAUCCUAAGUAUUUAUCUCAGUAUUAAGGAUUAUAUUUCUCGAAUGCUGAUUGGUUGAAUAUGGUGAGAAAAAUAAAAACAGAUUGGGCCUUCAAAUUUUGACUCUGUCAUAAAGUGUCCUCUAAAUAAUCUACAUGAAUAUUCGCUACAGUAUUUUUAAAGUUAUAAAGAAAGUAAAUUGCCUCAUAUACUGUAUGGACAGUCUCAUCUUCCAAUUGUUCUGCUUAAAUUUUAUUUUAUUUUUUGUUUCUACAAUGUUCUCUAAACAGUAGUUUAUUUUGGAGAGGAGGAUUUUGCUGUUUUUAUGAUUUAUGUUGACUUUUUUAAAAUCAUAAUAGCUUCUGAAUUGUAAGUAGGCUGCAGUUGUUAUCAGUGUUUGCAACACAUGCUUGAAGGUUGCACAAAUGAAUCUUUUUUGAGCAAGUACUCUUGUAAUUUUUUUAUGUUUACACUCACACUCCUCUUCAACAUUUCCGCACCUGUGCUUUGUCAAAUAAAUAAUGUUUGCCAGUUGUCA